AACCAUCAACGACGGCCUCAAAUCUCUUUCUAAACAUCUUCGACGGAGCUGUUCUCCACCCUCUCCGGCUCCCUUCCCCCCCCCUUCUCCCUACUACAACCCCAGACGACUUCUCCUCCGAGUCCUCUUCCCUCCUUCCUCUCCUGUGCGCAUUCUCUCGCUGCUAUCAAUUGUAUAGUGAACAGCGUUUGGCAUUGUUCUGUUCUUUUUCCUUCCUUACCCUCACUCGAGAAAAAAAGGCUCUCCUGGGCAUCUUAUACACCGAACCCUUAAAAAACGUUUGGUUCUUCCACGCCAGCAAAGAAAUUAACUGAAAUACAACCAUAUACGAUGUCUAUAGCUCUGCCAACACCCCAGCAGGGGAACCUCGACCGCUAUGUCGUUGUCCACGUUGCAACAACCUGCGAUGAGCACGGCGUAUACGUUACAAAGGACUCGGCCGAGGUCAUCGAGCUAGGAUGGAUUCUUCUGGACGCCAAGAACUGCGAGGAGUUAUACCGUGAGAGCGUGCUUGUGAAGCCGAUCAACACACCGAUCACUCCCCUCUGCACCAGCCUGACAACAUUGACGUGGGAGCACGUCCGCAAUGCAGGCACCUUCCGUGAUGCGAUCACCCGCUUCGAUGCCUUCGCCUCCGAGCACUUGACCUCCAAGAACUUGGAUUUCUCUUUCGUCACCCUCGACUCAUGGGACCUGCGUGUCCAGCUUCCCCGUGAGGCCCGCGACAAGGCCGUCGUGCUGCCGCCAUAUCUCCAACACUCUCGCACAUUCGACCUCCGCACCGAGUACCAGCGAUGGCAGCAACACCACCCCGAAUCCCUGCCAUUCGGGCCAUCCAUGCUCUCCAACAUCUGCGCCGCCCUCGAGGUUGAGCCCGUCGCCGCCAGCGCUCCAAUCAAGCACAACCUGCCGUUCCACCUGCAGGCCCUGGCGCCCGCAUCUCCCCGCCGCGCCAUGGAGGAGGCCGUCACCCUCGCCCGUGUCCUGCGCGGACUGAUCAACAAGUCCCAGCCAGCCCACGAGCACCCCGACGUGCUCACCCGCCCCAUGGACGCCCGUGCUGACGUGCGCGCUUUCCUGUCGGAGCGCAGCAAGGUCCUGCACAUGGCUGGCCUGCCUCACGACACCACGCAGUCCGAGCUCGAGAGCUGGUUCACGCAAUUCGGCGGCCGCCCGAUCGCCUUCUGGACGCUGCGCACCCCCGACCAGCACAAGCCCACCGGCUCCGGCUUCGCCGUCUUCUCGUCCCACGAAGAGGCCGCCGAAUCGCUGUGCAUGAACGGCCGCGCCCUCAACGAGAAGGCCAUCGAGGUCUCCCCCUCCUCCAGCCGCGUCCUCGACCGCGCCGCCGAGAUCCUCACUCCCUUCCCACCUAGCAAGAACCGUCCCCGUCCAGGAGACUGGACCUGCCCAUCCUGCGGCUUCUCCAACUUCCAGCGCCGCACCGCCUGCUUCCGUUGCUCCUUCCCGGCUAUGGGCGCCGGACCAAGCGGCGACGCGAUGGGUGGCUACGGAGGCGGCGGUUACGGCUACGGCCCCGCGGCCAUGAUGCCCCCGCAGCAGCACAUGGGUCACCAUGGCGGCAUGGGCGGUGGCGGCGGCCACGGCGGCGGCCGCAUGGGUGGUGGUGGUGGUGGUGGCGUCGUCCCCUUCCGCGCUGGUGACUGGAAGUGCGGCUCCGAAGGCUGCGGAUACCACAACUUCGCCAAGAACGUGAGUUGUCUCCGCUGCGGCGCCUCGCGCGCUGGCGCUGUUGUCGUCGCAGACUCCGGGUACCCGUCCCCUAUGGAGGCGCCGUCGGGGUAUAACAUGGGUCCGCAAUCCAUGUCCGGAACUCCUGGCCCGGGACCAUUCGCUUCGUCCGCCGGUGGAUUCCCCUCCAGCGCGGGAUACGGACAGCAUUUCCCCGGCCCGCAGAGCACGUACGCACUACCCUCUGGACUGGGUGCUGCGACCGGCCCAUACCAGGGCUUAAACUCGCACUACGGCGGUGGUGCGGGCGGCGGAGCUGGUGGUGGCGCGGGAGGCGCGCACUCUGCUGGACCUUUUGAUAGUCGUGCGGCUGAGGCGGCGUUCCAAUCUGCUACUAAUGGACCGGCGGGCGGUGCGGGGAACUUCUACCAGCAGCAGCAGCAGCAGCAGGGGGAGAGCGAUCCGUUUGCGUUCCUGUCGUCGGGGAUUAGUGGGCUGGCGAUGAGUGGGGAUGCGAGACAGAAUGGGGCGGCGGCGGCGCCGAAUAAGAGUCCUGCUUAGGUGUGGUUAGAUGGUGCUGGUGGAUGGUGAUGGGUGUGGAUGUGGGUGGUGGGAUAUUUUGGACGAACGAAACAGCAUUUUUUACUGGCCGAGAUUUUUGGAAUACAUACGACAAAGGGCUCGCUGGUGCUCUUAUCUACUACACUACUACUGCUCAAUUCUCCCGGCCUUCGCAACGCGCCAUCUCCAUCCUCAUCCAGAGGAUUGGACAGCAUCGCUAGGAAAGGACAUCUACAUCCAUCUACAUCUGCGUCUGCCUACACACAUGCGAACGCAUUUCCGCCAGUUCUCCUCUUCAUCAAAGUUUCUCUCAAGUUUUCACAUUUUUCUUUUUCUUUCAUCAAAUCUUCUUCUUCUUUUUUGCUUUUUCAAACUUUGGCUUUUGGUGGCGGGUGUCGGGGGGUUGGUCGUUGCUGACGGCGGGCUUUGGGUUGCGGGUUAGGUAGCG